AAUUUUAACCACGAAUCGCUCACUGCUCAGUUAAUGCGAAAUUUCUCCAAAAGUUUUUGCUAAAAAUGCGCGAGUGUAUUUCUCUCCAUAUCGGACAAGCUGGAGUCCAAAUCGGCAACGCUUGCUGGGAGCUGUACUGCCUUGAACAUGGCAUUUUUCCGGACGGUAAAAUCAGCAUUCCAUCUAGUGAAAUCCAAGAUGAUUCAUUCAACUCCUUUUUCAACGAGACAGUAGCGGGAAAGUUUGUUCCUCGCGCCAUUUUUGUUGAUCUGGAACCAACCAUGGUGGACGAGGCCCGCACAGGAAUUUACCGAGAACUCUACCACCCUGAGCAGAUGAUCACUGGCAAGGAGGACGCCGCUAACAAUUAUGCUCGCGGACACUACACCAUCGGAAAGGAAAUCCUCGACCUGGUGAUGGAUAGAAUCCGAAGAAUGGCUGAUCAGUGCACAGGUCUCCAAGGAUUCCUUCUCUCGCAUUCGUUCGGUGGUGGGACAGGCUCGGGAUUUUCUUCUCUCCUCAUCGAGCGCUUGGCUGUCGAUUUCGGCAAGAAGUCAAAACUGGAGUUCUGUGUUUAUCCUUCACCCAGAGUGUCUACAGCAGUGGUUGAACCUUACAAUGCUGUGCUGACCACGCAUUCUACUCUGGAAUACGCAGACUGUUCUUUCAUGAUGGACAACGAGGCCAUUUAUGAUCUCUGUCGGAUAAACCUGGAUGUUGAACGACCAACGUAUACCAACCUCAACCGUCUGAUCGGGCAGGUGGUGUCCUCCAUCACUGCCUCUCUUCGUUUCGUUGGCGCACUGAAUGUCGAUCUGACUGAAUUCCAGACCAACCUCGUGCCAUAUCCGAGAAUUCAUUACCCUCUGGUGUCCUAUUCUCCCAUCAUAUCCGCAGAAAAAGCCUUUCACGAACAGCUUAACGUGGCAGAAAUAACCAAUCGAUGCUUCGAUCCGUCCAAUCAGAUGGUCAAAUGUGAUCCGAGACAUGGACAGUACAUGGCUUGCUGCAUGCUCUACAGAGGUGACGUCGUCCCCAAAGACGUAAAUGCGUCAAUUUGCGCCAUAAAAUCCAAACGCACCGUGCAAUUCGUCGAAUGGUGCCCGACAGGUUUCAAGGUGGGAAUCAAUUACCAGCCCCCUACGGUUGUCCCCGGCGGGGAUCAGGCCAAGUUGCUCCGGGCGCUUUGCAUGCUUAGUAACAGCACUGCCAUCGCCGAGGCGUGGGCUCGUUUGGAUCACAAGUUCGAUGUGAUGUUUACCAAGCGCGCGUUUGUUCAUUGGUAUGUCGGCGAAGGCAUGGAGGAAGGAGAGUUUAUUGAAGCGCGCGAAGAUCUCGCUGCCCUGGAGAAAGAUUACGAGGAGGUGGAAGCUGCCCAACCUGAUGACGAUGACGAUUAUGAUUAUUGACUGACAAAACGAUGAAAGCGGAAAUAAUAAAGCCCCCUUGGAGUACAUUUUACUUAAACAAGCUAGCCUGCAAAAAAAACCAGAACAUCUGAAAAAAAUAACACGCGGUGUAAAAAUAGGCUGAAUAAGCCUGCUUUUACACAUCAUUCGCGAGCCAACCAAAUGUUGCGGCCACAUACCCGCACCCAGACCUUAAUCAAAGAAAUGAAUUGUAAUUGAAAGAAAUCAAAUGGCAAAGUAUCAAUUUAGGACAGAGUGAUAAAAUGUAGCUGCAAUAUGGGAGACUGGUGGCUAAAAUUCUUGUCAUUUGUUCAGUUAGCCAUCACGUUAAGGCUGUUCGUUGCGUCUGACAACUUCACAUGGUUUGUGAAACAUCGAUUUUUAAACACUUUUGGAAUCGGAAGGGGUAGAUUGUGAUACCUCACUUUAACUCUACUGCUAGGAGAAUUAGUUUUCAUGCUGGUAACUGAAAGUAUUUAAAAGGCUGUGGUGUAUUAUGACCCUUUUUUUGUAACGAGAAUAAAGCUGGCUC